CGCAGCACUGCCUGCGGGUCUCAUGCUGCAAGUCAAGCACGUGGGAGCGCCGUGGCUUUCGGAAUUUUUUCGAUCGGCUGUUUCGUAACUGCAUGCGUGUUUGUCAGAACGCACUUGAAGGAAUUUGGGACGACUGCGGAUAAUGGAAUUUCGGAAGCGGAGAAAAGUGCUUUUUGUCAAUCCUUUUAUUUGAGUUUCUAUUCUUCACUGCGAAAUGAUUUUCAGCAAUUAGUUUUCAAAAGUGAAAACGAAAAGUUCAAUGAUUGUAAAAUGUCGUAAAAUUUUGACUUUUAAUAACGAUAUAUACAUAUGAAUUUCAUAUUUCUGUCCUUAUUAUCUGUUCUUAAAAACGAAUGAUCAUUUAUAAUAAACACGUUUUUCAUCUAAUUCAAUAUCCUAUGCUUUUGUUUAACUGUUGUAUUAGAGACAUUGCCUAGGACUUGCAAUCUAGGAAUUUAUUAAUAAUAAUAAAUUUAUCUGAUUGUAUUAGAUGUAUUAAUCUGUUGUGUAUUAUGGCCAGAUGCGCCAAUAUUUAUUGAGUUUAUGAUGUCUUUCCCUUCAACAGAUGAUGUACUGAUGUUUUUCCGUUCAACCCCACUUAAGAGUUUAAAUAUGUUAUAAUUUUUAAGUUGGAUGACUCACUCCAAUCAAUUAAACUUGUCCUUCCGAGAAUAAAGGCCUUGAGAAAUUUAUUUACCUGAUCUUAUGAUUCUGAAUUUUAGAAAACUUAACUAACAGUCCAAUAACUAAAAGGUACAAAAGCACCUAUAUUAUUUAACAUCAGAAUUUGUAAAUCACAAUGGUCCAGAUGAAAUCCAAAGGAAAAGACAAGAAAACAAAAAAUGCAAAAGCAAAGAAACAGGUAAAACCUGAUCCACCACCGAAAGAAGAAAGUAGUGAAGAGGAGGAAAGUGAGGAGGAAGAGGAAGAAGUCAAGGUGCAAAAAACACAAAAGAAGAAAACAACAAAAGCGGCAAAGAAACAAGAGGAAGAAGACAGUGAUGACGACGACGAUGAUGAUGAUGACGAUAGUGAUGAGGAGGAGGAAGUCAAGAAAGGAACAAACGGCAAAGUAAAAAAUGCAGCAAAAGCUGAUGACGAAGAGGAAGACAGUGAUGAUGAUGACGGCGAUGAUGAUGAUGACAGUGAGGAAGAGACGAAGAAAGAUAAGAAAGCUGCUGGAGAUGCGAAGAAAGAGGAAGAAGAAGACAGCGAUGACGAUGAUGAUGAUGACGACGACGAUGAUGAGGAAGACUCUAAGACCAAGAAAGCUCAGAAAAUGGAAGUAGAUGAUGACGACGAUGAUGAUGAUGACGAGGAUGAGAGUGAUUCUGGGGAGGAAGAAGAGCAGGAAGAUGAAAAAAAUAAUAACAGAAAACGAAAACAAGCUUCUGAAGAACAUACGAAGGCGAAGAAGAUGAAAGAUGAUGCGCCACAAGGCGAAUUGGUAACGAUUAUGUUCUCUGGACUUCCAGAAGGAACUGAUGACAACACUUUUAAUAAAUUUUUAAAAAGUAAAGGAAUACAGUGUCGGGCCUGCAGAGCUAACUAUGGGCGAUGCAAAGCUUUUGUAGACAUAAAUGUGGACGAUAAAGGAAAAGCACUCGUGUUGAAUCAAGUUGAAUGGAAAGGUAGUGAAUUAGCGGUCGAAGAAGCAAAACCAAGAAAUGAUCAAGCUCGAGAUGGAGGAAACACUUCAGAUAGAGAUUCAAGAACAAUGUUUGUCCGUAACUUGCCGUAUUCUGCAUCAGAAGAUGACUUGUAUGGCGUUUUCAACAAUGUCGAAGAAGUACGAUUAUUAAAAGAUCGUGCGACUGGCCAUUUCAAAGGAAUUGCGUUCGUUCAAUUCAAUGAUCCAGAAUCUUUGGAAAAAGCUAUGAAAAAUAAAGAUGAAUAUGAACUGGAAGGAAGACAACUCCAUGUUGAUUACACAGAUAGCAGAAGCUCAAAACCGGCGAGAGGAGGAGGUGGAGGUAGAGGAGGUCGUGGCGGAGGAGGUUAUGGUGGCGGAGGAAGAGGCGGAGGAUAUGGAGAUCAACAAACGUCGUCAACUCUCUUUGUUAAAGGCGUAACUGAAGAUAUGUCUCAAGCGGAUCUUUCAAAACAUUUUGAAGGGGCUUCCGAAGUCAGAAUGAUAACUGACAGAGAAACCGGAAAAAAUAAACAUUUUGCCUAUAUCGAAUUCGAAUCAGAAAGUGAUGCGACAAAAUGCUACACAUCAGCUAAAGGUGGAAUAGAAGCAGAAGACGGUUCAACUACUUUUUAUGUUGACUAUGCUACUAAGAGACGAGAAAGCGGCGGCGGUGGUGGUCGAGGAGGCGGUUUCAGAGGUGGACGAGGUGGAGGCGGCUUCAGAGGUGGACGAGGUGGUGGGGGUUUCAGAGGACGAGGUGGCGGGGGUUACGGAGGACGAGGUGGUGGGGGUUUCGGAGGAAGAGGUGGUGGACGUGGAAGAGGGGGUGGUCGUGGCAGUUAUGGAGGAGGUGGAGGUGGAAAGAAGACUACUUUUAAUGACUCUGACUAGGCAUUAUGUUUCAUCAAGUCUCUGGUCGAAAAUAUACAUUGAGUCAUUCUUAGCUGAACAUGCGAGAUUCUCCAGUCUUCAGAUACGUGUGCACUGCCUGGUAUUAAUGAUACACUGUAGCAGAGUCUGGUUUAUCUGUAACAAAAACCCACUAAUUUUUCUCCCUUGUAAAUUGCUUUUUGUCUGUUUUAUUACUAGUGAGAAGUCGUGACACCAACUCUGAUGUGUGCCAACGUAAAUGCUAUAAUAUGUGUUUUGGGGUGUUCCUGAGUAUCUUAGUUGUGAUCGUUUAAGCGGUUUUCUUUUAAACUGAUUUUCUUGGUUAUCUACCUUACAUUUAAAUUGUAUUGCGACUGCGCUGACUGUUUUGUGCAUUCCUUCUGGCUUUUGUAAAAUAAAUUUGAAUCACUUGGUA